AUGUUUCGCACCGUCGAGGACCGACCCACGCCCAAGGAGGUGUACAACUGGCGGCUGUACACCGAGGCCAGUAUCAUCGCCACGGGCUCAUUGCUAUUCGGCUAUGACUCCGCGUUUGUCGGGACAACCAUUGCACGCCAGAGCUUUGUCGAUGCAUUCAACAUCGUAGAGUCCGAGGCGGCCGAUACAUCGAGCAACAUCACCUCUGCGUUUCAGGCGGGCGCUUUUUUCGGAGCGGUCUUCUGUUUUCUUUUGACGGAGAAGAUCGGGCGGAAAUGGGCUCUGCAGGCAAAUACUGUCGUUUUCCUCAUCGGAGCGAUCAUAAUGACGGCGGCGACUCAUCAACUGUCGUACAUCUACGCCGGCCGAGCCCUCACCGGCAUCGCCUGCGGUGCAAUCACAGCAACUGUCCCAAGCUACAUCGCCGAAUUGUCCAUCGUCUCGAUCCGCGGAAUCCUCACCGGCUUCUUCGAAGUCGCAUACCAAGUCGGAAGCCUCGUCGGGUUCUGGAUCAACUACGGUAUCAAUCAAAAUAUGGACGUCAAUUCGACAGCGAGCUGGAGGGUGCCGAUGGCCGUCCAGAUCAUUCCUGCUGGAGUCCUAUUCAUCGGUGGCUUCUUCCUGCACGAGAGUCCACUGUGGCUGAUGCGGAAGAAUCGAGACGACGAUGCGGCGACGGCUCUGGAGGCGUUGAGGAAAUUGCCACGGUCGCAUCAGUAUGUCCAAGAGGACAUCGACAUGAUGCGGACUCGACUCGACGACGAAGCACGCAUUGCAGAGCGGUACGGCCAGGGGUCAUGGGCGUACUUUCGAGGCGCCCUGUUCGAGCUCUCUCGCCGCGGAAUGUGGAACCGUGUCCUCCUCGUCUUCUGCUCGUUUUCCCUGCAGAACAUGUCUGGCGCCGCCGCUAUAAACUACUACUCACCUACGCUCUUCAAAUCGCUCGGCAUCACCGACGUCGCGUUAUACACGGGCAUCUACGGCUUGGUCAAGGCGGUUGCAUCGAUCAUCUUCUACGGGGCCCUCAUCGACAUGUGGGGUCGUCGCCGACCGACUAUCGUUUCAUCUCUCGCAUGCUCGCUGUGUCUCUGGUUUGUCGGUGCAUAUGUAAAGAUUGGUCAUCCGGCCGAUAUCAUUGAGUCUGGAGAAGAACUCUCCGCGUCGACGGAGGCCGGUGGGAAAGCGGCGACGGCGAUGAUUAUGAUUUAUUCAGUUUUCUGGUCAUUCGGUCUGAACGGUAUCCCGUGGAUCGUGUCAGCCGAGAUCUUUCCAGGAGCGCUGCGGAAUCUGACCGGGACCUGGGCUGCUCUCGUACAAUGGCUCAUCCAGUUCAUCAUCACCAAAGCCCUCCCGUACAUCUUCAGGUCCUUUGGGUACGGGACAUGGUUCUUCUUCGCCUCGUGGAUGAUGCUCGCCACCAUCUGGUCGUUCUUCUUCCUUCCGGAGACCAAGGGCAAGACUCUUGAUGAGAUGGAUCAGAUGUUCGGAUAUGUCGCCGAGCGUGUCCCGCAUGGCGAGGCAGAUAAGAUUGGGCCACUCGGGGCGAAGCAUGACACUGCCGAGCACCGCGAGCAGGUUGUCUAG